AUGCUAGGGCCCUGGCCAGGGCUGCGCCGGGCGCUACUCGGCCUCUGGGUUGCCCUGAGCCUGGGGCUCCUCGGCCUCUCAGCGGUCGCGCAGGAACCCUUCUGGGCGGACCUGCAGCCCCGCGUGGCGCUCGUGGAGCGCGGGGGGUCGCUGUGGCUGAAUUGCAGUACCAACUGCCCACGGCCGGAGCGUGGUGGCCUGGAGACCUCGCUGCGCCGGAACGGGACCCAGAGGGGUCUGCGCUGGCUGGCACGGCAGCUGGUGGACAUCCGCGAACCGGAGACGCAGCCCGUCUGCUUCUUCCGCUGCGCGCGGCGCACAUUGCAGGCGCGUGGGCUCAUCCGCACCUUCCAGCGACCGGAUCGCGUAGAACUAGUGCCGUUGCCGCCCUGGCAGCCCGUGGACAAGAACUUCACCCUGAGCUGUAGAGUUCCUGGUGCGGGACCCCGUGGGAGCCUUACUCUGACGCUGCUGCGGGGCACCCAAGAGCUGAUUCGCCGCAGUUUCGUGGGGGAGCCACCUCGCGCGCGGGGCGCGGUGCUCACGGCCACCGUGCUGGCACGGAGGGAAGACCACGAGGCCAAUUUUUCCUGCCGCGCGGAGCUGGACUUGCGGCCGCAUGGACUAGGAUUGUUUGAAAACAGCUCGACCGCUAGACAGCUCCGGAUAUUCGCCCUGUCUCCGGACCCUCCGCGCCUGGCCGCUCCCCGACUAUUGGAGGUGGGCUCGGGAGAGCCGGUGAGUUGCACCCUCGAUGGACUGUUUCCGGCAUCUGAAGCCCAGGUCUACCUGGCGCUGGGCGACCUGACACUGAAUCCCGAAGUCAUGCGGGAGGGCGACACGCUCACGGCCACUGCUACAGCCACAGCGAGCACAGAGGAGGAGGGCACCAGGCAGUUGGUCUGCAGUGUGAUCUUGGGAGGCGAAAGCCGGGAGACGCGAGAGAACGUGACUGUCUACAGCUUCCCGGCGCCCCUGCUUAACCUGAGCGAGCCCAUAGCACCCGAGGGGACUAUGGUGACGGUUACCUGCACAGCUGGGGCCCAAGCCCUGGUCACACUGGAUGGAGUUCAAGCCAUGGCCCCGGGGCAGCCCGCGCAGCUCCAGCUAAACGCUACGGAGAAUGAUGAUAGGCGCGGCUUCUUUUGCGACGCCACUCUCGAGGUAGACCGGGAGACCUUGAGCAAGAACCGGAGCGCCGAGCUUCGCGUCCUAUAUGCUCCCCGGCUGGACGAUUCGGACUGCCCCAGGAGCUGGACGUGGCCAGAAGGCCCGGAGCAGACGCUGCAUUGCGAGGCCCGUGGAAACCCAGCGCCUUCUGUGCACUGCGCGCGGCCAGACGGCGGGGCCGUGUUGGCGCUAGGCCUACUGGGUCCAGUUACUCGGGCCCUCGCCGGUACCUACCGCUGCACAGCAGCCAACGCCCAGGGCGAGGCAGUCAAGGACGUGACGCUGACGGUGGAGUACCCACCGGCGCUGGACAGCGUGGGUUGCCCGGAACGCGUUACGUGGCUGGAAGGAGCAGAGGCCUCGUUAAGCUGCGUGGCGCAUGGGGUCCCGCCGCCCACCGUGAGCUGUGUGCGCUCUGAGGAGGAUGGAGUCCUCGAGGGGUUGCUGCACGUGGCCCGGAAGCACUCAGGCACCUACCGCUGCGAAGCCACCAAUCCGAGGGGCUCUGCUGCCAAAAAUGUGGCUGUUACGGUGGAAUAUGCCCCCAGUUUCGAGGAGUUAAGCUGCCCCAGCAAUUGGACAUGGGUGGAAGGAUCUGGGCAGCUGUUUCCUUGUGAGGUCGACGGAAAGCCAGAGCCAAACGUGGAGUGUGUCGGCUCCGCGGGCAUCAGUGAGGGGCUGUUGCUACCGCUGGCAUCCCCAGCCCCUACUCCCAGAGCCUCCAAUAUCCCUAGUGGUCUGACACCUGGCAUCUACAUCUGCAAUGCCACCAACCAGCAUGGCUCCGUGGUCAAGAGGGUCGCCGUGAGCGCGGAGUCCCCGCCGCAGAUGGACGAGUCGACUUGCCCCAGUAACCAGACAUGGCUGGAAGGGGCCGAGGCCGCCGCUCUUGCCUGUGCCUCCCGGGGUCGCCCCUCCCCACGGGUGCGCUGCUGGAGGGAGGGCACACCCCGAUCUGAACUGCAGCGAGUGACCCGAAACGACGCGGGUACCUAUCGCUGCGUGGCCACAAAUGUGCAUGGCACGGACGCCCGGACAAUCACAGUGGGCGUGGAAUACCAACCAGUGGUAGCUGAGCUGGCAGCCUCGCCCCCGGGAGGUGUGCGGCCUGGCGGAAACUUCACGCUGACGUGCCGCGCAGAGGCGUGGCCCCCAGCCCAGAUCACUUGGCGCGCGCCCCCAGGUGCCCCCAAUUUUGGCCUGUCGAGCAACAAUAGCACGCUGAGUGUGGCCGGCGCCAUGGGCAGCCACGGCGGAGAGUACGAGUGCGAAGCCACCAACGCGCACGGGCGCCACGCGCGGCGCAUCACGGUGCGCGUGGCCGGUCCAUGGCUGUGGGUGGCCAUAGGUGGCGCGGCGGGGGGCGCAGUGCUGCUGGCCGCGGGGGCCGGUCUGGCCUUCUAUGUGCAGUCCACCGCCUGCAAGAAGGGCGAGUAUAACGUGCAAGAGGCCGAGAGCUCAGGCGAGGCCGUGUGCCUCAAUGGCGCGGGCGGCGGGGCAGGCGGGGGCCCAGGCGCAGAAGGUGGACCAGAGACCGGCUCAGCCGAGUCGCCGGCGGGGGGCGAGAUCUUCGCCAUACAGCUGACAGCAGCGUGA